AGCCACUGCAACAGAAGAAACAAACUUCUGUUCCUGAGCUGACAGGUACCUGAUAAAGUGUUUCUGUUUUCUGGAGCCAGCAAAGGACUUAAGAAGAUCUAUGCAAGCUUGGUGUUUUCUCAUCUACUUGGACUCAAAUCCCUCAAUCCUAUUGGAGAGGAGACUUCCUGGAACUCACACCUACUAUGACAGAGAAGAGGAUUUUACUCAAGGUGAUGUUGGCCCGUUAGUACAAUUGAAACUGAACAGCCACCAGAGCUCUAAGGAAAUUUGCUAUCUCAACUGAGACUGGAUUAUUGUUAUUAUUUAUUCACACUUAACAGGACAAUUUACACAUAAUUUGUAUUUUUUUACAAUUUGUGGCAGACAGUUCUUCCUAAGCUAUGCUGGUACAUCUAAAGAGCUGACUUUUUUUUUUCUCUUCACAAACUUAAGCAGCAGCUCUUGUCCUGGCAUGCUGUUACAUCCCACCGUGUCAGGAUUGUGCACCAUGCUGCAGACCAUCUACGAGACUGAGUCGUGUUUUUCCUCUGCCAGCACAGACAGCCACCACCAGCCUCUGGAGCUCCUGAGUGACAGCAGGGGCUCCGGUGCUGACAUGACCGCUGCUGUCUUGGAGGUGAAGAGCAGCCUCCCAUCAGGCAUGCAGAGUCCAGUUGAAGCAACAUGUGAGCAGAGAGGAGGUGGUGGUGAAGGGGUUGGUGGUAUUCCUGAAGAAGGCCCAGGUGGAGGCGGAGGCCCAGUGGACUUGAGGACGGAGCCCAGGUUGGGCUCUGUGUCUGGAGGGGGAGCAGUGGAUACAGCCCUGAGAGAGCAGCAGCUUCAGCAGGAACUUGUGCUUCUCAAACAGCAACAGGAACUCCAGAAGCAGCUGCUAUUUGCAGAGUUUCAGAAGAAACAUGAAGUGUUAACAAGGCAGCACGAAGUCCAGCUGCAAGAGCACUUAAAGCAACAACAGGAGCUGCUGGCAGCAAAGCGGCAGCAGGAGUUGGAGCAUAAGAGAAAACUGGAGCAACAAAGACAUGAAGAGCAGGAGAAACAGAGACUGGAGCAACAACUGUUGCUGCUGAGAAACAAAGAGAAAGGGAAAGAGAGUGCCAUUGCCAGCACAGAGGUGAAGCUGAAGCUUCAGGAGUUUCUUCUCAGUAAGAAAGAACCUGGUCCAGGAGGACUCAACCAUUCCUUCUCCCCAAAGUGCUGGGGAGGCCAGCACACGUCUCUAGAGCAAAGCUCCCCCCCUCAGAGUAAUGCCCCCGGAACCCCUCCCUCCUACAAACUCCCCCCCCUUCUCGGAAACUACGAGGGCAAAGAUGACUUCCCACUUCGGAAGACAGUUUCAGAGCCGAACCUGAAGGUUCGAUCCAGACUCAAGCAGAAAGUGGCAGAGAGGCGCAGCUCACCAUUGUUGCGCAGGAAGGAUGGAACUGUCAUCAGCACCUUCAAGAAAAGGGCUGUUGAGAUAUCAGUCUCCUCCCUUUGUAACAGUGCUCCAGGCUCAGGUCCCAGCAGCCCCAACAGUUCCAAUACGGCCAUUGCCAACGGCAACACGGGCUCAGUCCCCAACAUACAAACCGAGCUGAGAUCUCUCCAUCAGACACUGGGGGCUGAUGGGACAUUGAGUCCUCUUACCCUCUACACAUCACCCUCCCUGCCCAAUAUCUCCCUAGGCCUCCCUGCCAACACACACAUCACACCACCCCAGAAACUGUCCACCCAGCAGGAAGCAGAGCGUCAGUCCAUCCAGUCCCUACGAGGGGGAGGAGCUCUAACUGGGAAGUUUCUCUCCACUUCCUCCCUACCAGCAGGUGCAGCACAUGAUGUGGAGACUCCGCCCCCCGGCUCCCAUUCAGCCCAUUCCUCGUUGCUGCAACACGUCCUGUUGCUUGAGCAGGCCCGACAACAGACCGCUAUGUUAGUGCCCAUGUACAAUCAGUCACCGCUGGUAACUGCAGAGAGAGGUGUAGCCACUGGAAUGCGGCCCGUCAACAAGCUGCCCCGCCACCGACCGUUGGCUCGCACACAGAGCGCCCCGUUACCCCAGUCGCCCCAGGCGCUGCAGCAGCUGGUGGUCCAACAGCAGCACCAGCACUUCCUGGAGAAGCACUACAAGAUGCUAUCGAAGGGGGGAGACCUCCCUAGACCACCACCCACUCACCCUGAGGAGACGGAGGAAGAGCUAACAGAGACCAAUGACAUGCAGGAGGAUGAAGGCACGACUCCUAACAGUAGCCUGCAGAAAGAGGGAUCAGAAGACAGCAGCCACUCAUCUGAACGACUGGCCAGCCACCUGAAGGGGGAGGAGGAAUCCAGGGUCAUCCAGGUCAAAGGCGAGAGCACAGAGAGUGAGCUAGAUGAAGAUGAAGAGGAUGAUGAUGUCAUUCAGCUAAGGGAGAGCGAGGAAGAGGAAAGGGGCAGCUACAUACAGUCCUUGCAGCAUCUGAGCGUGUUUUCAUCCUCGCUGUCCCACAGACCUCUGGGAAGAGCCAAGUCAUCCCCUGCAACUGCUGUCAACCCCAUCAAACACCUCUUCACCACCGGGUUGGUGUAUGACAGCCUGAUGCUGAAACAUCAAUGUGUGUGUGGCAAUGCUCACAUUCACCCAGAGCAUGCUGGGAGAGUCCAAAGCAUCUGGUCCAGACUGCAGGAAACAGGCUUACUGAGCCGCUGUGAGAGGAUUCGUGGGAGAAAAGCAUCUCUAGAUGAAAUCCAGUCGGUCCAUUCAGAGUUCCACACCCUGCUGUAUGGAACCAGCCCGCUCAAUCGGCACAAACUGGACCACAAGAAGCUUCUGGGUCCUAUCAGUCAGAAGAUGUAUGCUGUUCUGCCCUGUGGAGGAAUAGGGGUGGACAGUGACACUGUGUGGAAUGAAAUGCACUCAUCAGCAGCAGUUCGCAUGGCAGUGGGCUCAGUUAUUGAGCUGGCCUUUAAGGUGGCUGCAGGGGAGCUGAAGAACGGCUUUGCAGUUGUGCGUCCACCUGGUCACCAUGCAGAGGAAUCCACAGCCAUGGGCUUUUGCUUCUUCAACUCAGUAGCCAUCACCGCCAAGCUGCUGCAACAGAAGCUUGGAGUAGGGAAGAUCCUCAUUGUGGACUGGGACAUUCACCAUGGCAAUGGCACCCAGCAAGCCUUCUACAAUGAUCCCAAUGUGCUCUACAUAUCUCUGCAUCGGUAUGAUGAUGGAAACUUCUUUCCUGGCAGUGGAGCACCAGAGGAAGUGGGCUCAGGUGCAGGAGUUGGCUUUAAUGUAAAUAUAGCAUGGACUGGAGGAGUAGAGCCUCCUAUGGGUGAUGUGGAAUAUCUCACUGCUUUCAGGAGUGUGGUAAUGCCAAUUGCCCAGCAGUUCAGUCCAGAUGUGGUCCUGGUGUCUGCAGGCUUUGAUGCAGUGGAAGGUCAUCAGUCUCCUCUGGGUGGCUACAAUGUUUCUGCACAAUGUUUUGGUAAGCUAACACAGCUGCUGAUGGGACUGGCAGGUGGGCGGAUUGUAAUGGCGCUCGAGGGUGGCCAUGACCUAACUGCUAUCUGUGACGCAUCAGAGGCCUGCGUCUCUGCCCUCCUGGGAGAUCUGUGUGACUCUGGGUUUCAGUGGCCUCAGGAGAAUCCAUGUCCAAAGGCCUGCGCCUCCCUGGAGAGAGUCAUAGACAUCCAGAGUAAGCAUUGGCCUUGUCUCCAGAGUGCGUCUCAGACCAGUGGCCCCUCGCUCCUGGCAGGGUCACCUGUGGCCCCAGGCCAGUCUGAGAGGGACGAAGCUGAAACGCUCAGCGCCAUGGCCUCACUAAGUGUUGAUGUGGACCAGCCAGGCUCUGUUCCUGAAAACAGAGACUCUAACAGGUCUGCAGAGGAGCCAAUGGAGGAAGAGCCUGUGUUGUAAAGAGGAGCUGAUCUAAAGCACCCAAAAACACCUUCACCUCCUUCUAGCACCUUCUUGUCCUCCUGUUCCUGCUCCUCCACAGAGUGUGUAUGUACACCAACACACACACACAUAUAUGCAUUCGCAGUGUGGAACUGAAUUAUUGUGGAGGUCUCAGAUUGGCUGAGAACAUCCAACCAAGGCAGGCAAAGGCAAGUCCUGUACAAAACAGGGGCGCCUCUCUUUUCUUCUGGUUCAUCCAUCCAAGGAUUCGCAGACGACUUGUUCGCAUCUUCAUGGAAACCAAAGACAGGGAGCGUCAGCAAGGUUGCAAUUUCUGUACACUACCUGUACACAGCAUCGCUGAACCUUGUCCAGUCGUUCUUUUAUAUUUCCUAUCUACUCGUCUGAUUCCACUAAGGGACUUUUACUGUGGAAAUAAAAAACUUUAAUCUGGUCAAAAUGUCCGACAACAAGCUGACGACUUGUCUUCUUGUGUCUGUCAGAGAAAACGAGCAAUCACUUGUUGGAAGGGUAACUCAUUUUACAAGGAGCGGGAGAGCAAGAACUCCAGGUGCCUUUUUUCUGUCUAACACAAACAAUUGAAUCAGAAUCCACACAUCACUGCCAGUGCACCUCAGCCAAACGAGCAGCCCACGAGGACUGAAAAACCGGCCAGACAGCGCACAUACACUGCUGUUGUUUCAGUCAUUCUGUGUAUAUUUGUUUCAUCAUCUGAAUGCCUUAGUUUUUCUUUUUUUUGUCACAAAGAUGAGUAGAGGGGAUCAGCAGAGCUCAUAAGCUGUAAUCUUUCCAGGUAUUCCCAAAAUACUUAUUUGGUGUUUCCUAAGAGUCGUCCCAGUGGAAAUGUUUUGUCAAAAAGCUUAUCUGAGUGUUAUUAUUGAAGUCUAUGUAAUAUAAUGAUACUGAGGAAACAAUCUCAGGAUCAGCUCAUCUUCUACAAAACUAGACAUUAUACUGCAGCCCUUCAAAUUCACUUUGUUGUUUCUGUUGAAAGUCAUGUGACCUGAGUCCCACCCCUUUCUAUCUUCCAAAAAGAAUUUUAGGUUGCGGCACUUUUAAAAUACCGCAAUUACCAUCCUUUCUUUGUUUUUUAUUUUAAGUGUAAUAUUUUCCUCUUGCUGUAAAUACCGUCCACCAAACAGUUGCACAUAGCAACAUCACAGCAUCUAUAGUUUGUUUUGUUUUUACUAUAUCUGUACAUACAUGUAUGUAUAAACUACAGAAUACUUUCUCUUUUUGUAUGACAAGCAAAAAUAAUGUGUAAACUGUGUUUUAUCCAAUCAGAUAAGAUUUAUGAAUAUACUCUAUUUGAGGAUCUGGUGUUUUAAAAGUUUGGCUAUUUGACAGAAAGUUGGUGCACGGCUUGAUGGCACCCGCUGUCACCGCAGCCUGCUUGUUUGUUUGUUUACAGAUGCCAAGGAACGAUAGGAUGUUGAAUCUUUUUGGAGGAGAAUGUUGUGCUCACGUUCCUCUGGUAGGACCACUGCUCUGUACUGCCCUCCUCAGGCAAGCAGCACAUAGGAGGUGUUCAAAUCAAAGGUCAUGACUGACUUAGUAGGUGGGUCCAGUGACUGUGGCUUUGUAUUCCAACAGAUUAUUACAGCAUGCUCCUAGAUCCCAGACAUGUUAUACAUGAGGGAAUGGAAGGAUGGUAGCAAUGUUCAGACCUCCUCUCCACGAUAGACAGAAAACUAAUGUGUCCUUCAAAGUAGGGUUUGUGUCAAUAAACUUCUUACAAGCAAUUAGUCCUUUUAAAGUAGAACACACAUGCUCAUUGACUCCAGCUUUACAAGCAUAGUGAAACAGCUUUUGUAAAAAGCGUCACCAAUAGUGCAAAAGAUAUAGAAUGCAAAGUUUGAUAGCGACUAUUUCAACUUAUGUGAAGGCAGAAGCAGGUAAAAAACAGUUAGGGUACCAAUCUAUAGUCAGCAGGUCACUUUGGUUUUUAAUAUUCUUGUUUGUAAAGGUUUCUGAAGACAUUUUUCAUUAAUUAAAUACUUUAAGUAAUAAAACGGUUCCAAAUAACGUAUUGAUUUAGACCCCAGACUUUAGCUGUAAAACUCUUCGACAUCCAUACUGCUCUAUUCUACAUGAGCAACCAUGUAACCAGUUUGAGCAAAAAUACCACAGUAUUGUUGUUAUUAUAACUACACAAAACAAUUGAACAAAAAUAUUUAACUUGAUCUCAUUCCCUUUUAAAAGCCCAUAAUAUUACAGCCUUUGCUGUAUGUUUAUAGAAUAAACCAAGCAUAACAAUUUGAUAUUAUCUGGUUAAUUUGCUCAUGUAGCAAGUCUGCAAUGGGCUGCUUCAGUAAUCUUCAGGAAUAUGUGCAGUUUCAAGACAGCAUUAACUUGAAUGGUUUUGACAUGCCUUGCCAGCCUGGCUAGUUGUUAGGACAUUCUGGACCAAUGUUUGUCCAUCUUCAUGCAGAAUCUGGACUCAGAGACGUAGUUUUCACCUCAGCCUCACAGCUUGACUGUACACAUUCAGAAAAGAGCAGACUGGGAGGUAAGAGUUAUGCCUACAUUUGAAGGUGGUGUUUGUUUCCACACAACGUCCUCAUGAGAGCAGAAAUAUUAUUAUUUUUUUUUCCCACCAGGGGAUCUUUUUGUGGGCUCUAGUGUCCCUUAUAACAUAGUAAGCUGACAGGAAAGGGGGAAGGAGAGGAGGGAAGACAUGCGGCAAAUGUCGUCAGGUCCGGGAAUUGAACCCGCGACGGCCGCGUCGAGGACUGAAGGCCUCCAAACGUGGGGCGCGCUAACCUCUACGCCACCGGAGCACGCCCCAGAGCAGAAAUAUUUUUAAACAGCUGAAUAUGUCUUUGUUUUCAGCAGGGAGAACAGUGUAGUUGUCUUGUUACAGCAAACUGAGCAUCAAUUCACAGAAAAAGAUGGAUUAGAGACUGUGGUACACUGUACCACAAACAAACUGAUUUCUCUGCCACUUUCACUGGCCUCUCAUUAAAAGGACUUUAAACUGUCAGAACCGUUUGGAAAAAUGUUAACUUUCUAAAAACCUUAAUUUGACUUUGUGCCUCAGCUGCCAGAUGAUGUUAAAAUAUCAAUCACAAAUCGUUAUUGUUUGUUUCAGGUCAAAACGAAGGUCAACGUUGUGUUGAACUUGACCUUCAACAUGCUGACUUUAGCAGUUAGCAUACUGGUUACUUGCUAAUUGCUAAACAUGCCCUUCCUUGGAUCGAAGUAUUAUUUAAACAUACCAGUUCUUGUUUGUAAUGAGUAACCCCAUAAACUGACAAACCCCAUUAACUCCUGAAGUUACAAAACCUUAAAGCUGGACUGAUCUAUUAAUCAGUGCUGUAAAAACAUUUCAUAGAGACAUAGAGAAGCUCACAUUAAGUCACUUAACUAGGCAUGCUGCGAUAGAUACUUCUGCCUUUGGGUUAGAUCCAUUUAGCAAUAUCAGACCAAUUCAGUGUUGAUGUGCACAACAGAUAGCAUCACUGCCUACAUAAGGCUCUGCUUUUAUACCUGAUUCAAUGCUGUUUGUAUUUUUUAUCAGGUAGGACUGAUGGGUCAGAUUUUUGGCUUUCACGCUAUCACUUUUUUUUUUUUUUUUGUCUUUCUGCACUAGUAGGCAACCACAUCUCUCAAACUGUCAGUCACUAAUAUGAAGCCUGACUUUUGGGUGUGGGUGUAGGAGGCAGGUGAUGUCAUGGGCCUGGGAACUGAAAGCUAAAAUUCACCAACAAGUAUGACGGGUGCAGGAUACUGAACCUAUUAAUCGUCAACUGAAGUUUAAAUAAGCACAAAUCAAUUGAAGGGAUAAUUUGGAUCUUUAAAGUGAAGGUAGUGUCAGUUAUAGUUUGAUAAACUGUGAUUGACAGACAACAUGUUCCUGUGGUAUUCAUAGAAAAGUGAAGGAAACCUCAUUAUGGUGGAUGGCUAGCAGUUAAUCAGAGGGUACAAUGUGAGGGCUAAAACAGCUAAAACAAGUCAAACAUAAAAAUGCUCAUAUCUGUCAGAUAACAUGCUAUAUUAGCAGAUAUUUCAUAUCUACACUUUUGCAAGAGACUUUUGUUCUUUUGUCAAAGCGACAAACUCAUCUACAGUAUCUGAGGCUCCAUGUAGCACAUCUGCCUGGAUAAUUCCCAAACAACUGCAAGGUUUUGAUAAUCAUUCUUAAUUCCACUGGACAAAUGGCAGCUCAACAGCAAAGUUAACUUUACGUUUGUGAACUUUACAGUUGAUUGAUUAGUGACAGCAGAUUGAGACAACAAACACAAUUGAGAGUACAGAAGGCUAAUAGUCAAAUGGAUCGUUGUUGCAGCAAAUUAUUGCGAUUCAUAACAACUUAAACUGCAUGAUCAAGUACCAAUAAUGUACAUCAUCCUUUUGUGAAAAACUGACAUGUGAUGGGGAAGGAAAAUUAACUUCCCUAUUACAAGGUGACUGCUUUUCCCACUGAGAAAUUACCCUAUAUGGUAUGUAUUAUCAAGUUAAACUGUUUGCUCAGUCAAAGAACUUCCAUGUGACGGCACAAAGUGUGAUUGGCAGAGACAGCCGGCUGGUGCAGCUGGAUCAUUUCUGUAUAAGACCUGGAAAAGAACUGGAACAUAUUUGAUGUCUUUGCAGAAAUGACACAAACUCCAGAGCUUGAUAUCAUUCUUAGCAGACUUUGACUGGCCGAUGUAGCUGGCAGCCUCAGCUAUGACAACUAGACGACAGGAACAAGCUUACUGAUCUCUGGUAAAAAAAUAAAAUAAAAAUAGCACAUACACAGCAUUGUGUCCAACAGAUGGAAAUAUUUUCAGUUUUGAGUGGUUCUGAAGUGUCUAUCUGUGGAAGAAUUUCAUUCAACUUCCUUCACCUCACUGUGACCUCUGGCCACCCCAGGUAAGAAAAGUGUCUCUGACAACUUCACAAAACCUCACUUCAAAAGAUACAAGCUAUUCCUUUAAUAGUGAUGUGGAUCAGCAAGCAGCAAUUAGCACCACAUUCUGUUGAGCCCCCCCAUGCCUGCUGAAGUCAAAGGCUUUAUAUGCCAAAUGUGACAUUUCCUGAGAAUUUGCUUACACUUCAUGGCUGUUUAAGGAACUUCAGUGUAAAGGUUUUAAAAUACAUCAUUUCCAGGUUUGCUGUCACCACAACCUGACAACAUUUCUAUGAACCGUUGCAAGUGGAAACUAACAUAUUUAUUGUUUUACCCUGAUAGUGUAUUAUAAUAUUAGUUCACAGAGACCAAAACUCAAAACUCCACCAAACCUAAAUGUGGUGAUGGUUGCCACAGAUUGUGUUCGCACAUGUUGUCUCUCAGUUCACAUUUCUUUCUGACAAACAGAAUGCAGAAAAAAAGCGGAUUGACUGAAAGAAGUGUUUAAUGUUGUGAAGGUGUUUCACAGCUUUAAUGUUGCUAAACACACUGACUCUUUUGCUACUUAAAUUGAUUCUGUAUAUUUCUUCACGUUUGAGCCCGUGGUGUAACUGUUGUGUCCUGUAAAGCCGUGUUGGGGGGUUACAUUGGAACCCCAGGCUUUGGGUAGAGAGCUUCAUUCUCUGCCUCUUUUCUCCCAGUUUCUGGGGAGGAAGACAUUUUCACUGUUUGCUUUCUUUCUUCAGGGCUAGCACUGAAGAGGUUUCAGAAAACAGCAUUUAUUUUUGUUGUUGCUGUUGUUGGAACUUAUCACAAACACAUUCCUGAAUUAUCUCCCUCCAUAGUGUCAUUUUUCUUUUGCAGAUUGCUGUUGGCAAUGGUCCUGUCUAGUUCUCUGAUUCACAUGUAAAUAAAGUUCAUAUUUGUGUACACAUGUGCAAUACACGCUACUCAAGCAAUCUGUUACUGUGACAAAUAUUGAUAAUUGCUACUUUUUGAAGUUUCAACCUGUUUUUGCUCCUUGUCCUGAUGAAGGAUUAUGUUGCAAGAGCUUAAAAAAAGGGAAAGUAACUAUUGUGAUUCUUCACACUCAGUUUAAAUUCAGGGGUUUGCUGACAUUUUAAUGAAGCCCUUUUGUUUUUAAAACACUCACUGUACUAUUGUGACAAUUUAUUAUUAUUUUUUUAAUUAAUAUUUUAAAGUGGGCUUGUUAAGUUUGUCUGGAAACUCAAUAAAGCAAUUCACAGAC